AUGCUUUCACUUCACUUCCUUUUUGCUUUUUGCAGCUUUGUCUCCGCAGCGCAUCUUUCACAGUCAAGUCUUGACGACAUCAUCCAGCAUGUAGGCAAUCCUGUUGGAAGUGAGCAUGUUCACGACGGAGUCACCAUGUAUAUUAGCCCAGCAUCUCGGCCCAGCGAUUCUAAGACAGGGGUCUUAUACUUAACAGACGCAUUCGGACUUCCACUUCUACAAAACAAACUGUUAGCCGACAGUUUCGCGAGGGCUGGAUUCACAACCAUCAUGCCUGAUAUCUUUCAAGGCGAUCCCGCGCCUCAUGACAUAUAUUUUGAUGCCGACGAAUUCCUUGCAAAACACACCACCAACGUGACUGAUCCUGUGAUCGAGACAACCAUCCGCUAUAUGCGUGAUACCCUUCGUUUUGACCGGAUCGCCGUAACUGGCUACUGCUUUGGUGGUCGAUAUGCCUUCCGUUUCCUACAAAAGGGUCGAGGCGCCGACAUAGGCUUCGCCGCCCACCCUAGUUUCCUCCAGGAUGGCGAGGUUCUUGCUAUCAACGGACCCGCCAGCAUCGCCGCGGCUGAAAUUGACACCCUUUUCGAGCCGGCGCGUCGAUUCGAGGUUGAGAGCAUGUUGAAUCAAACCGCUCAUCCAUAUCAAGUUACUCUUUACUCCGGCACGUUUCAUGGAUUCGGCACCCGAGGCAAUGUCAGCAUUCCGGAACAAAAGUUUGGCAAGGAAGAGGCCUUCUUUCAAGCAGUCCGUUGGUUCAAAGCCUGGUAA